AUGGCAGCCAACACUCCUAUCGCCAUCAUUGGCAUGAGUUGUCGAUUCGCGGGCGACGUCGAUAACCCCGAGAAGCUUUGGAAUCUCCUAGCCGAAGGGCGCAGUGCGUGGUCCGAAAUCCCCAAGGACCGGUUCAAUAUCGACGGGUUCCAUCACCCGAACUUUGAGAAACUGAAUGGGACAAAUGUUGUUGGGGGCCACUUCCUCAAGGAGGACGUCGGCCUGUUUGAUGCCAACUUCUUCAGUCUGUCUGCCGAGACAGCAGCACUGACACAAGCACAAUCAGCCGGCAUCUCAUUACAAGAUGUGGCAGGGUCAAACACAUCAGUAUACGCGGGGUCUUUCUUCCGGGACUACCAUGAGAGUCUCGUCCGUGACCCUGAUGCGUUGCCCCGAUUCCUCCUCAUGGGGACAGGCGCCGCCAUGGCCUCGAACAGACUUUCCCACUUCUUUGACCUUCGUGGGCCUAGCAUGUCGGUCGAUACUGGCUGCUCCACAACGCUCACGGCGCUGCAUCAGGGGUGCCAGAGCCUGAAGACAGGGGAGUCAAACAUGUCCAUUGUGGGCGGUGCCAACGUCAUGUUCAACCCCGACAUGUUUCUCGCCAUGUCAUCUAUGACAUUAAUCUCUAAAGACGGCAAGUCAUAUGCCUUUGACAGCCGCGCCAACGGGUACGGGCGCGGCGAGGGAUCCGCGACGGUGGUCCUGAAGAGGUUGGACGACGCUCUCCGGGACGGUGACCCGAUCCGCGCCAUCAUCCGAGAUAGUGGCGUCAACCAGGAUGGCAAGACAGAAACCAUCACAACGCCGAGUGGCGAGGCACAAGAAGCCCUCGUCCGGGAAUGCUACCGGCGAGCUGGCCUCGAUCCGGCACAGACGACUUACUUUGAGGCGCACGGCACCGGCACACCGACCGGGGACCCCAUCGAGGUGGCUGCCAUUGCUUCUGUCUUCAAGGACACGAGAACGCACGGCGAGCCCCUCCGCAUCGGCUCCGUCAAGACAAAUAUCGGCCACACCGAAACGGCGAGCGGCGUUGCGGCUAUCAUCAAGGUGGCACUGGCGUUGGAAAAGGGGCAAAUUCCACCCAGCAUCAACUUUGAGAAGCCCAACGCGAAGCUGCAUCUGGAUGAGUGGAACCUCAAGGUUCCCACGUCUCUCGAGUCCUGGCCCGAGCCGGAGGGUAUUAGGCGAGCAUCCAUCAACAACUUUGGUUAUGGUGGUUCCAACGCCCAUGUCAUCAUGGAGAGCCUCGACUCUUUUGUCGCCGCUUCUGCCAGCGCCGUCCCGGUUUCUGCACCGACAAACGGCAACGGCAAUGGCGUGACAAACGGGUACAGGAACGGCGCGAAUGGUCACACCAAUGGCAUAAAUGGCACCAACGGGCACACAAACGGUACGAACGGCCACCACCACGGCCAUUCCCGCAAAGACAGCGGUAUCAGCAUGGCGGAGGAGGAGGAGGACCCGGGCCGCUCCCGCAUCUUCCUCCUUAGCGGGAAGGACGAGAGGGCGACUCAAGCGAUGGCUGAUAACCUGAAGAAACACCUCUUAUCGGUCAGCCCCGCCGACGAGGAGGCUUUCCUUGACAACCUGGCCUACACGCUCGGCCACCGCCGUUCCCAGUUCCCCUGGAUGUCGACGUUUGCCGCCAGCAGCAUCGCAGGCUUGGUCAAGACGCUCGAUUCGGGAAGGAACAAGCCUGUAAAGAGGGAAGCCUCCUCAACUCCCAGGCUCGGGCUCGUAUACACCGGCCAGGGCGCCCAGUGGUGGGCCAUGGGAAGGGAGCUCGUCGAUGUUUACCCCGUCUUCAAGGCUGCUUUGUUGGACUGUGACGCGCAUCUCAAGAAGCUGGGGGCGCGGUGGAACAUGAUCGAGGAACUCAACCGCGACCAGGAGACAUCGCGGGUCAACCAGCUCGACUACAGCACACCAGUCUGCGUUGCCGUGCAGAUUGCCCUGACACAACUCCUGCGCGCCUGGGGGAUCAACCCCACUGCGGUAACAAGCCACUCGAGCGGCGAGAUUGCCGCUGCCUUUGCCGCCGGCGCUCUCGACUUAGCCUCGGCCAUGACGAUCGCCUUUGCCCGCGGAGGCCUGGCCUCGGAAGGAAGCCGCCAGUUCGCCCGGAAGGGCGGCAUGGUGGCGGUCGGUCUGGGCGCGAAGGACAGCGAGAAGUAUCUCCCGCGGAUUACGGACGGGAAGGUGGUGCUGGCGUGCGAGAACAGCCCCAGCAGCAUCACCGUGUCUGGUGACGUGUGCGGUCUCGACCAGCUCGAGGCGCUCCUGAAGCAGGACAACAUCUUUGCGAGGCGCCUCAAGGUCGAUGCCGCCUGGCACUCUCACCACAUGGAGGCCGUAGCGGAUGCCUACUACGCCUCGAUGGAGAACAAGGUCCGCCCUGCGCAGAAGCGUCUGGAUUUGAUCUUCUCGUCGCCGGCUACCGGCGCUCGGCUGGAUAAUGUGGACGAGAUUGGCAGCCCUGGACAUUGGGUGAGAAGUCUGACGGGGCCUGUCCGCUUUGUGGAGGCCUACCGCAGCAUGUGCUUUGAGACGCCUGGUGGUGAGCCGGCUGUUGAUAUGGUUAUUGAAGUUGGCCCGCAUGCUGCCCUCUCCGGGCCCAUCCAGGAUAUCAUGGGAAUGCCCGAGUUCACGGACGUCGACAUCCCUUACGCAAGCUGCUUGAUCAGGAAGCAGAACGCCGUGGACACGAUGCAGGCUCUGGUCAGCAACCUCAUGCAGAAGAGCUACCCGCUCAACCUUGCCGCUGUCAACUUUCCCUACGGGAAGCACGGCCUCAAGGUUCUGCACGACUUGCCUCGCUACCCCUGGAACCACCAGACCCGGCACUGGAACGAGCCCCGGGCGAACAAGGCACUCCGGGCUCGGGCAGAGAAACCCCAUGACCUACUGGGCUCCCUGGUGCUUGGUACCAACCUCAGUGCGCCGUCAUGGAGGCACUUUGUCCGCAUCAACGAUGUCCCUUGGAUCCGAGAUCACGUUGUCCAGAACACCAUCAUCUACCCGGCCGCGGGUUACUUGUCGAUGGCAAUUGAGGGCGCAUCCUAUCUUGCUUCCCGACAAUUUCCGGACAGGAAGCUUCUCGGGUACCAACUGCGGGACGUUGACAUUCUCAACGCCCUAGUUGUCCCCGAGACAAGCGAGGGUAUAGAGUUGCAGCUCUCGCUCCGUCCAUGCGGUGACAGGGCGCUUGAUACCAAGGACUACUCCGAAUUCCAAGUCCAGUCUGUCACCUCAGACAACAAGUGGACUGACCACUGCAAGGGCCUCAUCAUGGUCGAGUACGGCCCCGCAGGCGGCGAGCAAGAUGCACGCAAGCCACGAUGGAAUGUCACCCCAGCGGCAGAUGACUCUGCGUACCGAGUCCGCAUCAGCCCCCGCGACAUCUACGCCAGCCUGAAGUCCGGGGGCAUCUCCCACGGCCCCAUCUUCCAAAACCUCAAGACCAUCCGCGCCCGGGGCAAGCAGUCCGUCACAUCCUUCACCGUCGUCGACUCGGCAGCCACCAUGCCCAAGCAACACCAGCACGAGCACAUCGUCCACCCAACAACACUCGACUCGGUGUUCCAAGCUGCCUACACCGCCCUCCCCGGCGCAGGCAACACAGUCGGCACGCCCAAGGUCCCCCGCUCGAUCCGCCAGCUCUGGAUAUCCCACAACAUCACCUCACAAGCCGGGCACGCCUUCAAAGCCUACACCGACCUCACCCACGCCGACGCCCAAACCAUGACCACCUCCAUAACCGUCACCCCAACCCCAACCACCACCCCCAAACCCAACCCCCCAAACCACUCCCCCCGCAGCGAGCUGGCCCCGCACGAGGCCGCGCAGCUGGUCGACCUGCGCCGCGCCUGCCUGCUGUACAUGCAGGACGCGGUGGCGGGGCUGACGGCAGCGGACGUGGCGCGGCUGGAGGGGUAUCAAAGGAAGUUUUAUUUGUGGAUGCGGUUGCAGGUGGAGGUGGCGAGGGCGGGGGGGUUGGGGAAGGGGUGUGAGAGUUGGGUAGUGGGGGAGGGGGUGAAGGAGAGGGUGAGGGUGUUGGAGAGGGUGAGGGAGGGGUCGGCGAAUGGCGAGAUGGUUUGUCGGUUGGGGGAGAGGAUCGUGGGGAUUCUGAGGGGGGAGUGUACGGCCUUGGAGUUGAUGCUGGAGGGGGGCUUGUUGUCGAGGUAUUAUUUGGAGGGGCUGAAGUGGGCCAGGGCGAAUGCGAAACUCGGGGAGCUGGUGGCGAUGCAUGCGCAUCGGAAUCCGAGGGCGAGGGUGUUGGAGAUUGGAGGGGGGACUGGAGGGGCGACGACACAGAUUCUGGGGGCAUUGGGGAGGAAUGGGAGGGGGAGAGAGGCGCUUGGGAGCUAUGAUUUUACCGACGUGUCGUCAGGCUUUUUUGAGAAGGCGAGGGAGAAGUUUGGCGGCGAGUGGGAAGGGGUGAUGCGGUAUAAGAAGUUGGAUAUUGAGAUGGAUCCCGUGGCGCAGGGGUUCGAGGAGGAAGGAGUGGGAGGAAGAAGCGAGGAAGAGGACCGCAAGUUUAGCCCGUCCCUGACUGUCCCCAUGUGGGACCGUGUGCUGCACAAGACUGGGUUCCGGGGCGUCGAAGCCGAAGUUCGGGACUGUGACGACGACGAGCUGUACUCUUUCAGCGUCGUAUCAUCAACCGCCGUCACCAGCGCGCCAAAGUUCGAUUUUGACAUCGCUCUCGUCACGGCCGGCCCAUCGGCGCCAGACUCCUGGAUCGACCAGCUCCGGCUCUCCAUCGGCCUCCUGACCUGGACGGUCCCGAGUGUGCACACCCUCGAGGACGCACCGGCCGAUAACAAUAAAGUCUGCAUCUUUGUCGACGACACGGAGAACCCCAUCCUCGCCAACGCAAACCCCCUGCAAUUUGAGGGGCUCAAAACUCUCUGCACGAGAUCCAAGGGCUUGCUCUGGCUGACGCAGGGCGGUGCCGACGCCUGCACCAACCCCCUCGCCAGCCUCGCCUCCGGCUUCCUCCGGUCUCUCCGGCAAGAAUACUCCGGAAAACGCCUCGGCACCCUCGACAUGGACCCCUCCCAGCCCAUGUGGACGCCCGAGGCAGUCAAGUCCAUCACCGAAGUCUUCAAGGGCUUCUUCGACGAGUCCACAGGCACCGACUCCCCCAGCGACUACGAGUUCGCCGAGCGCGACGGCAUCAUCCACAUCCCCCGCUACCUCAAAGACACGGACCGCAACAACGCCGUCUUCGGCCCGGCCCCGGAGGCGCCCACCCCGCGGCUCGAGCCCUUCCUGCAAGCGGACCGCCCCCUCCGCCUAACCAUCGGCACGACCGGCCUCCUGGACACGCUGGCAUUCGACGACGACCCGACCGCCGCCGAGCCCCUCCCGGACGACUUCGUCGAGGUGGAGCCGCGCGCCUUCGGCGUCAACUUCCGCGACGUCAUGGUCGCCAUGGGCCAGCUCAAGUCCAAGGUCAUGGGCUACGACUGCGCCGGCGUGGUCAAGCGCGUGAGCCCGGGUGCGGCGGCCAUGGGCUACCGGCCGGGGGAUCGUGUGUCGGUGUUGUUGCGGGGGCACUAUGGCAGUAAGACGAGGGUGCACUGGAGCAGUGUGGUGCAUAUCCCCAACGAGAUGACCUUUGAGACGGCCGCGUCCCUGCCGACCCAGUACGUGACGGCGUAUUUGUCGCUGUAUGAUAUGGCGCGGCUGCAGCCCGGUGAGUCGGCCGUUGAUGUGGGCUCGGCUACGGGGGGGGGGGGCCAGGCUGCGGUCAUGCUGGCGCAGCGGGUUGGUGCGGAAGGUGUUUGUGACGGUCGGCACCGAGGGAGAAGCGCCGCCUUUGCUCAGGGUAUUAUGGAUGUUACAGAGGGCAAGGGUGUGGAUGUGGUGCUUAACUCGCUGGCAGGCAGUCUCUUGCAAGAGAGCUUCAACUGCCUGGCACCGUUUGGCCGCUUUGUGGAGCUGGGCAAGCGGGACUUUGAGCUCAACAACAGCCUCGCUAUGGAGGCUUUUACCAGGGCAGUCUCCUUCUCUAGUGUUGACGUGAUCACACUAGGCGAGCGCAAGCCGAUGCAGGCGAACCGGAUCCUGAAGCAUGUCGUCAAGCUGGUGGCGGCCAAGGAGAUCGACGCGGUCCAUCCUGUCACGGUCUACCCUAUCUCCGAGGUUGAGAAGGCGUUCCGGUUGAUGCAGGCCGGCAAGCACAUGGGGAAGAUUGUGUUGGCUGUUACCCCUGAAACGUUGGUUCCGGUGAUCCCCCGAACGGCUACCACCAGGCUCCGGCCCGACGCAUCCUACAUGGUCGUCGGUGGCUUUGGUGGCAUUGGAAGGUCCAUCUGCCACUGGCUCGCUGAGCACGGCGCACGGCACUUGGUUGUUGUGUCGAGAAGCGCCAACACCGGAGGCAAGAUCAACAGCCUUCGGGAGGAACUCGAAGCUACAGGGCACAAUGUGGAGGUCACGGCCAUCGGCUGCGACAUUUCAAAGAUGGGCGAGUUGAAGCGGGCGCUUGAUGAGCAUGCCAGGGCCAGGAGACCGCCCAUCAAGGGAAUCAUCCACGGCGGAAUGGAACUCAGGGACUCGGUCUUAGAACACAUGACCCUCGACAACCACAACGCGGCGCUAGCCCCAAAGGUGCAGGGCAGCUGGAACCUGCACCACUACUUCGCCGAGCAGGACGACCUCGACUUCUACAUCAUGUUGUCCUCCCUCAUCGGCGUGGUCGGGUUCGCCAGCCAGGCCAACUACUCAGCAGGCGGCGCCUUCCAAGACGCCCUCGCCCGGCACCGGGUUGAGCAAGGCCUCACCGGCGUGUCCAUCGACCUCGGCAUCGUCAAGUCGGUCGGCUACCUGGCCGACGACGAGCAGGGCAAGACCAUCACGGCCCUCGAGCGCCAUGGCUUCACAGCCCUCAGCGAGGACGACGUGCUCGCAGCCAUCGGCUCGGCCAUCGCCACGCCCUACGCCGGGUCCCUCGCCCUCGGGCUCAACACCGGCCCCACCAAGUCCGAAGACUCCCCCCUGCAGCGCGACCUCCGCUUCGCCAGCCUCGCCUACCAACAACCGGCAGCCUCCCAAAACGGAGGCAACCCCAACCCCCAAACAGGAUCGACGCCCCCCAACAGCACCGACCUCCCCACCCUGCUGGCCGCCUCCACCACCCUCCCCGACGCAGCCGCGCACGUGGCGGGGGCGCUGGCGCGCAAGCUGACUGACAUCUUCAUGCUGGCGGACGGCGACGUGGUGGCGGACAAGUCGCUGGCCGCGUACGGCGUCGACUCGCUGGUGGCGGUCGAGCUGCGCAACAUGCUGGCGCUCAAGGCCGGCGCCGACCUGUCCAUCUUUGACAUCAUGCAGAGCGCGAGUUUGGGGGGGUUGGCGGGCACGGUGGCGGUGAGGAGUCGCUUUGUGGAGUGCUCCUAG